AUGAAGGUGUUCACACCAGCAGCACUCAUCCUGCUCUUUUUCUACGCUGUGGAUGCAGGGGCACGUGAAUACACUUCUGUCAUCACCGUGCCCAAUGGAGGCCACUGGGGAAAGUGGGGCAUUCGGCAGUUUUGCCGCAGUGGCUACGCCAAUGGAUUUGCGCUGAAGGUUGAGCCCUCCCAGUUUGGCAGAGAUGACACAGCUCUGAAUGGUAUACGGCUGCGCUGCCUCGAAGGCUCAGUCAUUGAGUCCUUGGUGGGGAAAUGGGGUACCUGGACCAGCUUCCUAGUUUGUCCUACAGGCUACUUGAUCUCCUUUUCAUUGAGAACGGAGAAGUCUCAAGGAGGAGGUGAUGACACAGCGGCCAACAACAUCCAAUUCAGAUGCUCGGAUGAAGCUGUUUUAGUAGGUGAUGGACUAUCAUGGGGAAAAUUUGGCCCAUGGAGCAAAAGAUGCAAAAUAUGUGGUCUCCAGACAAAGGUAGAGCCACCACAAGGAUUUCAGGAUGAUACAGCGCUCAACAAUGUGAGAUUCUUCUGCUGUAAAUGA